GCUGUCAGCUCACAUGGGGGCAGUAGAGACAGUUUUUCAAGUCCCGCCAAAUGACGUCUGCUGAAGAAGAAGAACUCAACUGUUAUGGUACGAGAGAGUCACCAUGGGCAAGCGUAAAGAUCAGCUCAGGCGAAAAGAUCUGUCUAAGAUGGUGGUGGCGUGUGAGUGGGGGUCCUGCUCCUUUAAAGGCACCAGGAUGGAGGACCUGAGCGAACACAUGUCUCAGCACCUGAAGGACCAUGUAAGCGAGGGAGACACCCUAGACGAACUCGAUGACUACCCGUGCCUGUGGCGUGGCUGUGAGUUUGUGGCUAUGGGCAAUGCCAAGGAGUUGGCGGUGCACGCGCACUUCCACGUGUUUCACGCCAAGCUGAUGUUCGUGGGCCGGCAGCAGCUGCAGGCACAUCCAGAGCUGCCCACUUGCACCCAGGAGCUCAACAGCAGCAACCUCAUCACCGAGCUGGGAGACGCCUUUGUGUGCGAGUGGGAGCACUGUGACAGCACGUUCAACAACGCUGAGUGGUUCUAUCGACAUGUGGAUAUGCAUGCCCACUGCACUGAGCUGCGUGCCUUACCUGAUCGCCAGCAGGUGCUCUUCUGCAGUUGGAAAGGCUGCGAGGCCUUCUUUAAGAUCAAAUAUCGGCUGCGGGAACACCUGCGUAGCCACACACAGGAACGGAUCGUCGCCUGCCCCACCUGUGGAGGAAUGUUCUCCAGCAACACCAAGUUCUUCGACCACAUCCAGCGCCAGGCCCAGCCCGACGAGACGCUGAUAUGUGGUCACUGUGAUAAACGCUUCGCUAAUGAGAGGCUCCUGAGAGACCACGUACGCCAGCAUGUGAACCAUAUAAAGUGCCCUCUGUGUGAUAUGACCUGUACAUCUCUGGCAACGCUGAAGAUCCACAUCAAGUUUCGUCACUGUGAUGAGCGGCCAUUCCCGUGUGACUUCUGCGAGAGCUGCUUUAAGAACCAGCACGACCUCAGGAAACACAUGGAGACGCAUAACGAGGGCGAGUACCAGUGCCAAGUGGAUGGAUGCUCCUACACCUCACGGAUGUCCCACACUAUGCGUCAGCACUACAGGAGAUUCCACGAGGGUGCGACAGUGUCGCGGUAUAAGUGCCACCUGUGUGAUAAGACCUUUUCCUGGUGCUACACCUUGACGCUCCACCUGCGGAACAAACACCAGCUCAAGUGGCCCUCCGGACACGCACGUUUCAGGUAUAAGAAAGAUGAGGAUGGUUUCAUGCGUCUGAACAUGGUGCGUUACGAGACGGUAGAGGUGACGCAGGAGAUCAUGAAGAACAUGGCCAAGAAGCGCACGCCACGCAAGUCCCCUGUGGCCGGCCCUCUGCCCAAACGCCCCGCCCUCGAGUCAUCCACAGAUGACUCCUCUGACCCUGAUCCCUCCGCACCGUCCUCCCCUGACCCGCCUGAGCUGUUAGAAGGCCACGCCUCCUCGCCCCGUCCACACGAGGAGGCGGGGCCUGUGUACUGUGUCCUGAAGACCCUGUCGCACGUAGGGGCAGAGCAGGAGGAAGACGAGCAGGCGGAGUCAAGCGGCAGCCAAUCAGGAGCAGAGAGGGCGCUGGCGGCCGUGGCGAGGGGGCUGGGCAUGGAUGUGGUGUGAAAUGUCAGGGGUCAGGCUGAGGAGGAGGAUGAAAAGGACUUCCUUCACGUAUUCUUUAUAGCUCAUCUGAGUGUGUGUGUGUGUGUGUGUGUGCGCUCCCUUCCCUUAUUCUUUAUAGCUCACCUGAGUGUGUGUGUGUGUGUGCGUGCGUGUGCGUGCGUGUGUGUGUGUGUGUACUAGGGAUGAUGUGGUUGUUAGCCAGUCUGAAGGAACCUGCCAUAAGAUCACCUGCACACAGGCUUAGAUGUGGCCUAGCGUUUAAGAUUAGUCUGGAAGAUACUUCCUGAAAUGUGAAUGUUCUAAUGAGCCAGAUUUUAGAGAUUUUAUCUGUUUUAUAAUGUUUGCUGUUUUUGGUCGGGAAUGGAAUGGUGUGGAGACACUACCAUGGUUGUGUAGGAACCAGUUAUUGUGGGAGGGGUCUGAUCACCUGGACCAAUAAGAUUGUGAGAAUGGCCUGAUGAGUGAAUAAAGGCUGUUAGGAAUCCGGUUUCCUGACCAGAUCAUGAGACUUCACUCGGACAUCUGCUUCACAUCAGAUCUCUCAUUCACAGACCUGCUCCAACACUUCUGUUCAUUUGCACAUGGCCUCAGUGUCCACAUAGAGAGAGCACUGAUAUAUUAACUUUUUUUAUUUUAUUUAAUUUUUUAACAGGUUUUCUCCAUUGUAUUUUUAUAGAGCGCUGUUGGUAUGUUUUAUAUUUGGCAGAUGGCUGGUGUGGCUAGCUGAGACUCAGGAGCAGAGUGCUGCUUUGCUACAGGACGUUUGCUGGCUCAUAGGACAGCUGGGGGGGUGGGGGGUUAAUCCAGAGAAAGUGGUAAACUUGUUAAUAGUGGAGCCCUAUAGCUUUAUUCACCUAGCAAAGCAAAGCCAAAAUGCUCCUCUUUUAGGAGGUUAACGGCUUACUGUGAGUUGACUCACCCAGGCCACCAUGCUCUGCUCUGUCCUGGCUGGAGGGAACUUUGAACACUGACCUGGUGUAAAUAAAAUGAUG